AUGAUGUAUGAAAACACAACAGUGGAAGGAUUUAUCCUACUGGGGUUUUCUGAAUACCCAGAUUUCCAGGUUUUACUCUUCUUUGGAUUUCUCAUUGCUUAUUCCCUCUGUGUUUUAGAGAACACAUUACUCAUUGUCCUUGUUUGUUCUAGUUCUCAACUUCAUACUCCUAUGUAUUUCUUCCUUUGCAACUUGUCCUUUCUAGAUAUUUGCCUGACCACCCUUAUCCAUCCUAAUUUCUUAGUUAUAUUCGUGAAAAUAAGAUUGAUAUCCUUCCAUGACUGUAUGGGGCAGCUUUACUUUUACAUUGCUUUACAAAGCUUGGAGUUUUUUCUAUUGGCUGUCAUGUCCUAUGAUCGCUAUGUGGCAAUCUGUAACCCACUCCAUUAUAAUAUUAUAUUGAAUAAGAAGAGCUGUGUACUUCUAUCUGCUGUCACCUGGAUGAUCAGUUUAGUAGAUCCAGCCCCCAUUGUGCAAUCCAUAACCAAACUGUCUUUCUGUAAAUCACAUAAGAUUAAUCACUUUUUAUGUGACCCCGUCCCAUUAAUGAAACUCUCCUGUGGAAGCAGCUACAGGGUGGGGACUGUGAUAGUUAUUGAGGCUAUACUUUUAGCAUUACCUGCCUUCUUACUUACUAUAUCUUCUUAUAUCUCAAUCAUUUCUGUUAUUCUGAAGAUCCGAUCAGCCAAAGGAAGACAGAAAGCAUUCUCUACCUGCUCAUCCCACCUCACCGUUGUCUCUCUGCUAUACAUUAUCAUGACCUGCAUUUAUUUUGUGCCUCCGUCUAGAACUACAUCUGUGAAUAACUCUAAAAAAGCUUCUCUUUUGAAUACAGUUCUCAUCCCAAUACUAAAUCCUCUAAUAUACAGUCUACGGAACAAAGACGUAAAACAUGCAUUUCAUGCACUUACAAAAAAAAGAGGAUCAUAA